UGGCAACCACUCUUUUGACGGACACUCUUCCGUUCUGAACAAUUACGGUCACGGGUUACGUUGUUCGCGAUCGGUUUCCAAAUUAUGAGGUGAUUUCGAUUUAAGAUUACAGAUAGAAAUAAAUAUUUUGUUCCAAUCGAGUGAAGAAGAUUAUUUAUAGAAAUCUCAUAGUUGAUAAAAAGAGAAGUGGGAGGAAUAUUAGGAGGAGUAGGAGAGUAAAGAAGAAGAAUAACUUUCAAUCGUGUUACGUUAUCGCAGAUUAAAAGCCUGAAACGAAGUUUUCCUUCAUCACAAGGCUGAUGUCGUUCGUUAGAUCGUGCUAUAUACGAUAGCAUCCUAGUGGCGAAAUAAAAAAGCAACGACCGUGCGGGAGGUAGCUGGCCAUCUUGGAAAACAGAUAUGGUUGUAUCAAGAGAAACGUCAACAGAAUUGUGUUUAUCUCUUAUUACUCUACAUGCCGCGAAAGGUUUACUUUAAUUACCUUUGCGAUAGACGUUAGCCGCUUAAUUAAUCUUCAAAAAGUGAGGAGGAGGAGGAGGAGGAGGAGGCCGACACGGUGGCGUAUCUGACACGCGGACAAUAUCGCAAAAGGUGCGUAAAUUUGCUUUCAAAGGAUGAAUCGAGGUGACGGGUUGGUGCAGAGAAGAAGAGUGGUUAACAGUAGCAGCAGCAGUAGUGGACUCGGCCAGGAUGGUUCCAACGACCUUGGUCACAAUGAAAAAUCAUCCGGUAACGGUAUGGACACUAACUGUUCAUCUCAAAAAGACCUUAAUUCCAAUCCUACGAUAGACGAUGAUUCUGAUAAAGAAACUAGGUUGACUCUUAUGGAAGAAGUCUUACUCCUUGGUCUCAAAGACAAGGAGGGUUACACAUCCUUUUGGAACGACUGCAUAAGCUCAGGCUUGCGUGGAUGCAUUUUGGCAGAACUUGGAUUCCGUGGCCGUGUUGAAUUAGAAAAAGCUGGUAUGCGUAAGAAAGGUUUACUCUCGAGGAAACUUCUCUUGAAAAAUGAUGCGCCUACAGGAGAUGUCUUGUUGGACGAAGCGUUGAAACAUUUAAAAGAUACUAAUCCUCCAGAGACUGUUCCAAGUUGGAUAGAAUAUUUAAGUGGUGAGACGUGGAAUCCUUUGAAGCUUCGUUAUCAAUUAAAAAACGUUAGAGAAAGAUUAGCUAAGAACCUUGUUGAAAAAAGCGUAUUAACCACAGAAAAACAGAACUUCUUACUCUUUGAUAUGACAACUCAUCCUCUUACCGAUAACCUCGCCAAAAGUCGUCUUGUUAAAAAGAUUCAGGAAGCUGUGUUAGGUCGUUGGGUAAACGAUGCUGGUCGUAUGGAUAGGCGGACGUUAGCAUUAGUGAUUUUAGCCCAUGCGGCUGACGUAUUAGAGAAUGCAUUUGCACCUCUCUGCGAUGACGAUUAUGAAGUAGCAAUGCGCCGAGUUCGAACGUUGUUGGAUCUAGAUUUUGAAGCUGAAGCUGCUAAGCCUAAUGCCAAUCCUGUAUUAUGGGCUGUAUUCGCCGCAUUCACUAAGUAACACAGUUUUCAUUAAUUUAAAAUGUAACUUAUAAACAUUGGAUAAUAGUGCGAACAGUGGGAUUACCAAUUUUGCAUGUCCUUUUAGUUGUAAUACUUCAAAAGAAAUAGUUAAUGAGAAAUCAUUCUUACAAUCAUAUGAUUCAGACCAAAUAACAUAACUUGACUGCACCCAAAUGCAGUGUUAGGACAUAUAUAUUAGUCAUUUUUAUUAUUAUUUAAUAACUUUGAUAACUGUGUGAACUCUGUGUAUUAGGUUCAGAUUUGAAAUAUCACAAAGUAACGAAAUUCCAUGUGUGAAUGUGCACUUGGAGUGUGAUUUAGUGCCAUGUAGGGUUUGAUAAAAAAAAAAAAGAAAUAAAAGAAAACAUUUUUCAUUAUAAAGAAUUUUCUUAUUAAAUAUUUAGUAUCUACCAUUUUGUAUAGAAUUUUCACAUAUAUAACAUUUGUAGAUACGGCCUUUUAUAUACGGCGAAUUCUAUCUAUUAUGUUACUUGCUACCAUCAUUGAUUGUCGCUUAAGAAUAAAAGAUAAUAUAAAAGGCGGUAUACCAAAUUGGAAAUAUUAUACUAAGUUAUAAUUCAAUAAUGUCCUUCCCUACGGGCAUUCAUAUUGCAUUUGGGUAUAUCUCUCCUAGUGAAGUUCCUUUCAAAUCGAAGCACAGAUUUAUAAGAUCGCUGGGUGGCAGUAUAGCAAUUAUUUUCUUUGACACAUAUCAUUCGCAUUAUGCUAUUUUAUAUGAGAAAAUAUUUUUUUCAACGUUCCAAAUAACUUUGCAUAAAUUAUAUUUUGUAUUUUGGUUUUAUAGAAAUCGCGCAAUGCAAAUGUUAAUGAUAACAAUGUCAGUGCCGUACUAUCAUACCUAAAUAGAAAUAAUAAUAUUAAUAACUAUUAACACAUAUGCAUUACUCAUUUUAGAUGUAGAUUUUUAUUCAGAUGCUUGUAUCAAAAUAACAUUGUAGAAAAUUAUUAAAUAUCGUUUGUUUAUUAAAAGUAGUAAUUUAAAAAAAGAGAUUUAUUUAUAUAAAUGAAAUAUCGGGGGAAAUACGGUAAAUUCAAUUUACAUUUCGUAGAUUUUAAAUUAUUACUAGUAAGUUAGUCGUUGUUGUAAAAGUAUUAAUUUAAACAAAGUAUUCGGUGAAUUA